GUGCGACACGCCUCGGCAACAUCACCAACUAGCCGUCGCGGGGGCCCCACUCGCGUCAGUAGACGAGCGACGGCGGGGGGAGGGCCGGAUCCUUUCCUCGAAUGCGCCAUGAGCUCAGCGCUUCCCGAAUCGACAGAAACAACGGCGACGCAAUAACAACGGGGACCACGUCUGGAGGUGGAAGGCCGAAGAGAAGGAGGGCGAGGGGGAGAGAAGGGAGGGGAAGCGAGGAUGCAGAGAAGGGAGGGAGAGGGGGAGGGGUAAACUCCCUCCUUGUUCGGCGUGUGCGUGGACGAGGCGGGCAAGUACGCUCUUGCGAGGGCUACGACAGCCUUCCCCCACCCCCUCCCUUCGUAAACGCACGCUGGGGGUAGCGUUUUGGAGACGGCGAGCUCAGAUGACUUGUGCGUGCGAGAAGGUGGGGGGAG